AUGGCUCGUAAGGACAAGCUGAAGUCGUCUACGAGACGGCGCAGUGCUAAGAAAGCAUUGGAUGCUUUUCAAAUCGCCGAACGAGCCGAAAAUGGUCGUUCGGACGGUGAAGACAGUGAAGGAGAACUCAAUGUCUAUGACGGGAUAAUGGAUGCUCGUAGACUUCUUAAUAAAGGAAAAAGUGAACCUGAUGAUUUUGAAGAAGGUCAAGGGUUGGAAGACGAGGAAAUUGACUCAGACGAAGCCUUUGGAUCAGAUGAUGAUUUUGAUGUGUUGAAUAGUAAGUUUUCGCAGACUAUUAGAGACCGAGCCAAACGUCAGAAACAAAGAGCAAAGAGAAGAGCAAAGGGUGAAGAUGUCAGUGAACUGGAAGCCAGUGGAGAUGAAGGCUAUGCCAGUGUUGAUGAGAGCAAGUUUGUGUCUUUAUCUGAGGCAUGGGCUAUGGAUGAUGUUGAUCUUGCUAAGCUGAAGAAAGCCAAUGGAGAAGUUGUUUUAGAUGAUGAGUGGGAAAGUGAAAGUGAACAAGACGGUGAUAGUGAUGAAGAAGAUGGUGAUGAAGAGGACGAAGAGGACGACAAUGACGAUGAUUCUGAUGUAUUUGAAGGGUUAAGUGAUGGAGAUGAAGAGGUUGAUUUAUUAAGCACCAUUUCACACUUAAAGUCCCAACUUAAAGAUCCAAAGAAGGAAAGAAAGAAGUUGGUUACCGAAAGAAUAGAAGAAAAUGAGUUCAGUGUUCCAACCGGUGGAGCCAAGUUGUCAUUGAAUAGUAUGUUAUCGGCUGUUGAUUCCUCUGUGGCUCAAGAUGCUAUACUUAUAGAUGAGCAUGAUGACGAAGACGGAGGAGAUAAGUCCAAGGCUUUGGCCGUUCCUUUACCCAAGAGAAUUCAGCAAAGACAUGAUCGUAAGGCAGCUUAUGAGAUCACCAAAGAAGAGAUCACCAAAUGGGAAGAUACCAUUCAAGCCAACAGACAAGCCGAGGUGUUGAAGUUCCCACUUAAUCCUACUGUCCGUCAUAACGAUACUGCUACCACCUUCAGAUCACAAGCCACACCCACCACGGAGUUGGAGAAGAAGGUCCAUAGUGUUUUGGAGCAAUCAGCGUUGGUCGACGAACGGAAGGAGGCUACGUUUGAGGAGUUGGCUGUAGCCAAGAUGUCAGCUGAAGAGAUCAAGAAGAGAACCAAUGAGUUGAGGUUGAUGAGAGAGUUGAUGUUCAGAGACGAAGCUCGGGCGAGACGAAUCAAGAAGAUCAAGUCGAAGCAAUACCGUAAGAUCAAGAAGAAGGAACGGUUAAGAAACCAAGAGUUGGUUGAAGGGUCUGACAUUGAGAGUGACGUUGAAGAUCACGACAUGAAGAGAGCACAAGAGAGAAUGACGUUGAAGCAUAAGACCCAAUCGAAGUGGGCGCAGUCGAUGAUCAAAAGUGGACUUUCCAAGGAUGCCGAUAACCGGUCUGAGUUGGAGGAGAUGUUAAGGCAAGGUGAAAGGUUGAGAGCAAAGCAAUUGGGGUAUGAAGAUGGUGAUCAAAGUGAUGAUGUCGUUCUGGACGUAGAAAGGGAAUACAACAACGACGAAAAUGAUGAGGAAUUCAAGAGCAAGUUGGGCAAGGGAGUGUUGGCUAUGGAUUUUAUGAGAAAUGCUCAAGAACAACAGAAGCAAGAGAACUUGAGAGAAUUGGAAUUGCUUAGAAAGUUGGAGAAUGGUGGAGACAUGGAAGAGUUUGAAGGGUCUGUGAACUCUGUGUCCAUGACCAAAAAUCAAGGUAGACGAGUUUAUACUCCCAGUGCUUCGUCUCAGAAACAAGCAAUGGAAGAUCUCAACAGUCAGACAAGAGCUUCUGUUGAAGAAGACGAAGCAAAGAGUUUGGAGAAUAAAUUGAAGGUAAAGGAGAAGACUAAAUUUGUUAUCAACAAGGAGGCUACGGUUUCUGAAGUGACUCCGGAAAAUCUGACUUGUGCAGAUCUGACUCCGUCAGGUGUGAACCCCUGGUUGAAGGACAGUGCGGAUGUUCCGAGUCAAAAGUCAAACAAGAUCACUACUGUGGACAAGACGUCAUCCAAGUUGGCCAAAGCAGCCGCUAAGAUCUCCAAGAAACGGAAACUGAGCCAUGAAGACGACGCUGAUGCUGUGGUUGAUAUGAACCAGACAUUAAGGGUUGUUGAUAUUCAUGGUCCAGAUUCAGACAGUGAAGCUGAGGGAGACGGUGAUGUUCGGGUGUUCAAGCAACAAGACUUAAUCAAACAAGCGUUUGCAGGAGACGAUGUUGUCAAUGAGUUUGAACGAGAAAAGCAACAAGUGAUUGAAGACGAAGACGACAAGGAAGAAGACUUGACCCUUCCCGGAUGGGGGGAUUGGGCUGGAGGACUGAAUAAAAACAAAAAGAAUAAAAGGAGAAAGAUCAUCAAAAAGAUUGAUGGAGUUGUUCAGAAAGAUAAGAGAAAGGAUAAAAACUUGAAGAAUGUGAUUAUUAAUGAAAAGGUUAAUAAGAAGAACUUAAAGUAUCAAUCAUCUGCUGUUCCCUUCCCUUAUGAAUCAAGAGAGCAAUAUGAACGAGCACUUCGAAUGCCUGUGGGACAAGAAUGGACAUCAAGAGAAACUCAUCAGAAAUUGACCAUGCCUAGAGUUAUUACUAAGCAAGGUACAGUCAUUGAUCCUUUAAAGGCACCAUUUAAAUAG